AUGGCCAUGGCUACGCGGGGGGUCAGCGAGCCGCCGCCUCGUCCGGACGUUGGCGAUACCCUGGUAGUUAUUCCCCGAAGCUCCGAUGAACUGAGCCUGUCGAAAGGCGACAGGGUCGAACUCAUCGAGCGCGAUGACGAGUUUGGUGAUGGAUGGUUUCUGGGCCGUAACCUCGCCAAUGAAAAUACUGGCCUUUUCCCCGAAGUCUACACUCGUCCAGCACCAAGGAACGUACCUGGCUUGGCCCCCUCUCAACCGUCGGCUUCCGCCCCGCAGGCCGACAGUGAUACCAUCGUGCUCGGUGUUGCCAAUGCUCCUACAAAUUCGACUCCGGUCCCAGAGCCUGCCCCGAGCCUGCCGCCUGCGAGCGUGGUGGAGUCGUCUACAACAUCGUUGCCCCUAAACAUCAAGUCCGAAACCUCGGCCUCUCCGAGCAUAACCACGUCCAGCUCGCCUGCUCCGGAAACGCGUCGUACUCCGAACCAGAACCAGGAUAGCCAGGUGCUAAACGAUACACUCAAUGUCAUCAAUGAGCACAUUACGCAUCUGAGAGGCUCGUCGCCAAGUAACGGAGGUCUACGACUCCCGGUUGGAGUGAACGAUUCUGGUAGCGAGUACAGCAUGCCGCUGGAACACAGAAUGUCAUACAUUCAGGGCGAGGAGACAGAUGAAGAGGAGGACCGCGAACACAGUCGUUCCGAGGUGGAGUCGUGGACUGCAGACCAAGUUGCGGAGUAUCUCUUCACCGUCGGUGUUGAAAAACAUCAUUGCGAAGUAUUCAGAGACCAAGAAAUCACGGGCGAGGUGCUCUUGGGAAUGGACCAGAACUCGCUCUUCGUCAAGCCUUUUGACUUGGGUUCAGUUGGAAGACGGCUGAAGACUUGGCACAAGAUUAAAUCCCUUCAAGACGAGGCCAACAGCAACCAGACUAGGCGAACCACGCGCACAUGGGGCAGCGAAAUGGACUCAGACGAUGGCAGAGGAGCGAGAAGCCGGACCAACACCGCCACAACCUCCAUCUCAAAUCGCAUUUCGGCGCAACGAUUGUCUUCUGGUCAGACGGCCAAGGCCAGCCCCACGACGUUAAAGUCACCACUUUCGGUACACAGCUCUCACGACAGCCCAACCCGGCCUACCCACACCAAACGACCCUCGGCAGCCUCUAUUAGAGAACUUCAGUCACGCCGCCAUUCUUCAACAGACUAUCGGGCUCCGGCUCCACCAAUGGCAGGAGUUGUUCCAGGAACGACACCUCCUGCAUUGUCACCCAAUGGAACGAUGCUGAGUCCUGUAGCGCACAAGAAGCAAGCGUCCUUUGACCGAAAUUGGACGCUCGGAAACGCAUUUGGACAAACGGCUGUGCGACCCCUUUCGUCCGCUGGAGUGCAUGACUCGCAAACCGGCUCAGACCCAGAUCUUCAAGAUUCGGCGGUGGAUUUGGAUCGGGGAUACUUUUCUGGUACGGAAACAGACGGAAGACGGCGCAAUGUCUUGAAGAAGCGAGAUGGAACUACGCAUUCAAGGCAAUCGAGCUAUGCCGAGGAGCAGCGGGUUCGCAGUGCCACAGCUCUGUCUCGACACUCCAGGUUUGGCAGUGUCGAUUCCUUUAGAGACCCUGCUCUGUCACCAGCUGCGCAGAAAUACUAUGGAGUGCAGUCGACGGCGCAUAGGAGAACAGCGUCGACAAACACAACGGACUCUGCUCGUCCCAUCCCCCCAGCUAAAGAUAGUCCACCUGCUCCAAUCGUCACCCGAAUAGAUACAGGAUUGAACCCUACCCGGUCGCCAGCGUCGCCAACCAACAUGACGGGCAAGCCGGGAUUCGGGGCCGACUGGCUGUCCGCGGUUGUCAACAAGCCCAUGAGCAAAGGCCGCCCAGGCAUGCGCGCUAUUUCAGACAAACUUACCAAUAGAUCAAAGGAUAUGACAACGCCCGAACCCGCGCUCGACUCUCCCGGGCGCGCUACAUCAAGCACGGCAUCCGGGGAGCCCAGCCUUGACAUUGAAUCCCCUGCCACCGGCAAGAGUUUCAACGCUACACCGGCAAACAAGAGUAAGGGCAGAAAGAACAAGAAGGAUACCAGCGCGUACACGCGAGGUCUCCUCAAAAUUCCACCCUUGCAGGCCAAGGAAGGCGCCGACUAUUAUGGAUGGAUGAAGAAGAAGAGCUCCAACCUGAUGACGACGUGGAAGCCAAGGCUAUUUGUUCUCAAGGGCCGUCGUCUCUCGUAUUACUACUCGGAGGAGGAUGACCAGGAAAAGGGUCUCAUUGAUAUCUCUUUCCACCGUGUCCUGCCCGCAGACAACGAGCGGUUGACAGGAUUGCACGCCACCAUCACGGGUGCAGUUGGCGGCCCCAGCCAUCCAGCUGUGGGCAACGACUUUGAUAAGGGAAACGAGUCAGUAUUCAUCUUCAAGCUCAUGCCGCCUCGAGCUGGCCUCUCGAGGGCAGUCAACUUCACCAAACCCACAGUGCACUAUUUCGCCGUGCCCAACAUCCAGGCAGGCCGUCUCUGGAUGGCCGCGUUGAUGAAGGCCACCAUUGACAGAGACGACACGCAACCCAUCACAACAACGUACCAGCAAAAGACGAUUUCGCUCACCAAAGCCAAGCAAAUGCGGCACCGGCCCCCAGCCCUAAUGAACUUGGAAGAAGCCGCCGAGGACGAGUCCAAAGCCGAAGGCGCCAAACCCUCCAACAGUCUGGGUAUCUUUGGUGAAUCCGACAGCGGCGUAUCGGGAAUGGAUAAACUCGCUGGCGUCUCUGUCAAUGCCGAAGCCAACGCACCAACCGAGGGCGAAGGUCCGCCUCAGAGCGCAUAG